AUGUGGCCCACGGCCAAGCCCGCCCUUCUACGCUCUGAAAGCCCGCCUUGCCGGUAUGUCGUCAGCCUCUGGUCCUCAGAUUCUGUGCUCCGGCUUAUAAUGCCAGCUUUCCACUUCCUCAGACUGGAGGGCGGUUAUGUUUCUCCGUGGCCCCGUGACCAGGUGAGGAUCCGGAUCAUGGAGAAAGUGACCAUUAAGGAACAAGACGAUCAGGCGGUGAAUAAUCACUACAGCGCCGGAAUGCGGCCGCGGGUCAUCCGUACCGCUGGCCUGGCCUUAACGCCGCGGAGGCGUCAUUCGGAGCACCUGACGGCCGAAGAAGAGGAGCGGCGCCGUCUGCGGCGGGAGAGGAAUAAACUGGCCGCGGCUAAAUGCCGGAAUCGGCGGAAAGAACUCACAGACACCUUGCAAGCGGAAACCGACCAGCUGGAGGCCGAGCAGUCGGGGCUGCGAAAAGAAAUCGAGGAGCUGCAGAAGCAAAAGGAACGCCUGGAGCUGGUUCUGGAAGCCCACCGGCCGGCCUGCAAGGUCCGCAAGGAGCCGCCGUCUCCUCCUCCUUCGGGGGCGGGAGAGGAAAGCGGCCGCCCUGGCAGGCAGGCUGCCCCCACCGAGCCUCCGACCGAGGAGGGAUCCCCACCGGGACCCAGCGUGGCCCGCCGGGCUGCCCCGGUGCCCCCCAGCAUCACUCUGCCCCCCAGCAGCGUGCUGGAGCCGGAGGCUCUGCACACUCCCACCUUAAUGCCGACGCCGUCUCUCACCCCCUUCACGCCCAGUUUGGUCUUCACUUACCCCACCCCGGGAGAGGCCGAGGGCCCUUCGGGUUCGGGUUUUCCCCCAGAACCCUGUUCCUCCGCUCACCGACGUAGCAGCAGCAGCGGCGACCACUCCUCUGAUUCCCUCAAUUCCCCCAAUUUGCUGGCGCUCUGAGACGCAAGAUUCGCGGUCCUCCGUCCUGGAACGACCGUCUCAGAACAAGGACGCUGGGCUCUAGCUGGCAGCCUCUUCCCUUUUCUUUCGAUCUUGGGUUUCAUUUGCCCCUCUUAUCUCAUGACCGCAUGGUCAUGGAGCAGGGGUGUCGGAGUGGGGGGGCUUCCCAUCCAUCCUGGAUCUUCUGGGCGGUUGUAAAACCUGCAGCCCUCUCUCAUGCCAAACACAAGAAUCAGGUUACUAGUCCUGAUGAGCGACCAGACAAUUAUUUUCCUCCAUUUUUGACAAAAGAAUGUCUUUGUUCCGGGACAACAGAAAUUCUGACUAUGAUUAGUGCUUUGGCACAGUUUGCUUUUAAAGUUCCACCUCAUUGGGGUUCAUGGUUUUAUUGCAAUUAUUCACUCUGCACCCUCGUUGUUUUCUCUGCAACCUUCAGUGGCUUAGCAGAGCCGUGGAACUUAUGGGGAAACCUAUGGGGAUUUAUUUCUUUUUUAAUUUGCAGAAGUGAUUUUUUUUUUCUGGUCCUCUCCAGACUCAGCAGCCAAGUUUCUGAAAACUGGAUAGAUUUUUUCCCCCAUUGAACAUUACCUUGUUGCAAAUUACUUCUCUUGCAAAGUGAAACUAAGACCCGUUAAAUUUGCAAAAGACCUGGACUUUGUCAGUAGAAACCUACUAGAAUGGCUUGUUUGCAUAGGGAAAAAACUGUGGUUUUUUUGUACUCUCUUUGGGGACCUGGUUGUUCGAGAUUUACUGCCAAUGACACUGCAAACCACCAUUAACUGAUUCUCUCUCUCUUCCCCUGGGACCAGCAUUUAUGCUCAGAACAACCCACAGCCUCCUGUAUGAGGCGGGGAUACCCGUUUGCUUCUCCCAAAGGUGACGCCGGUGGAAUGUCGAGAAAUAUUUAUCCAGAAUUUAUUCUUUGUCCCGCUUCUGUGUCUCAUUCAUAGUAAAAACUCUUCGAAAUCA